AUGGAAGUUGCCAAAGCCCCCAAGGUCUUCGUUUCAACAGGUCGCCGUAUCCUCACAAUCGGGUUCGCCUUGCUCAUAUUGUCAGUGUUGGCUUGGGCCUACAUCACGGGAGUCCAGCUGGUUUCCGACAGGUACCACAUCAUGGCUUUCGGUCUCUAUGGAGCCUUCCUGGCAUGUCACCUCAUCAUUCAGAGUUUCUUUGCCUUCCUGGAGCACAAGAGGAUGAGGAGGGACUCUCUGACGUGUAGCUAUACCAAAACGGUGGCCCUCACCAUCUCGGCGUACCAGGAGGACCCGGCUUACCUCCGCGAGUGCCUUCAGUCCAUCAAGGCGACCUUGUAUCCUCCGGAGAAGCUCCGGAUCAUCAUGGUGAUAGACGGCAACAGCCCUGAUGACCAAUACAUGAUGGACAUGUUCCGGGAAGUCUUCGCCGAAGAGGACAUGGGGACUUUUGUCUGGGAGAACAACUACCACCACCAGCUGCAGUUGGAUGUGGGCGAGGGGGACAGCGGUUACCAGGCCGGGGACGAGCCGUCGGCCUACAGCGAAAUCGAUAUGGAGGAUCCGGGGCAACUGGCCGUGGAGGAGCUGAUUCGGACUCGGAGAUGCGUCUGCAUCAUGCAGAAAUGGGGCGGGAAGCGGGAGGUCAUGUACACCGCUUUCAAGGCCCUGGGCAAUUCUGUGGACUACGUCCAGGUUUGCGACUCAGACACCAAGCUUGAGCCGGAGGCGACGGUGGAACUGGUGAAGGUGCUGGAGUCGAAUGAGCGCUACGGGGCCGUCGGGGGGGACGUCCGGAUCCUCAACCUCUCCGACUCCUACAUCAGCUUCAUGAGCAGCCUGCGCUACUGGAUGGCCUUCAACAUCGAACGCGCCUGCCAGUCUUACUUCGACUGCGUCUCCUGCAUCAGCGGCCCCCUGGGCCUGUAUCGGAAUGACCUCCUGCAGCAGUUUCUGGAGUCCUGGUAUAAUCAGAAAUUCUUGGGGACCCAUUGUACAUUCGGGGAUGACCGGCACCUCACAAACAGGAUGCUGAGCAUUGGCUACGCCACCAAGUACACGGCCCGCUCCCGCUGCUAUUCAGAGACCCCAUCCUCGUUCCUCCGAUGGCUGGCACAGCAAACCCGUUGGACUAAGUCCUACUUCCGCGAGUGGCUCUACAACGCCCUCUGGUGGCACCGUCACCACCUGUGGAUGACCUACGAGUCGGUGGUCUCUGGCAUCUUCCCCUUCUUCGUCACGGCCACCGUCCUGCGGCUCUUUUACGGGGGCAACUUGUGGGACAUAAUCUGGGUGCUGCUUUGUGUCCAGCUGGUGGCCUGCGUGAAGGCCCUCUACGCCUGCUGGCUACGGGGGAACUGUGUCAUGAUCUUCAUGUCUCUUUACGCCGUGCUCUACAUGGGCGGUCUACUCCCGGCCAAGUAUUUCGCCAUCGCAACCAUGAACAAGAGCAGUUGGGGCACUUCAGGGAGAAAGAAAAUGGUGGGGAACUAUAUACCCCUGCUGCCCGUUUCCAUCUGGGGCCUGCUGCUCUUGGGGGGCAUAAUCUAUACCAUCUGCCUGGAGGCCCUGGCUGACUGGAGGACGGAUGCCAAGCAAGCAGAGAUCUGGUACCUGCUCUCUGGCUCAGCCAUAUACUUGGGCUACUGGGCUUUCAUGAUCUUGCUUUACUGGGUGUGGAUACGGAGGUGCUGCCGGAAGCGAGUCGAUUUCUACACCAUCCAGGUGUGA